AUGGUUGCCUACUCAACCGUAUACACAAUGUUACCGGUGUUUUCGUUAGUGGUUGACCGGGAUGUGACCCCGUCGAAUGCUUUGACAUAUCCUGAAUUAUAUAAAGAGCUGGGAAAGGGAAGAUCGCUCUCCUACAAAACAUUCUGCAUUUGGGUACUGAUCAGUAUUUAUCAAGGUGAGUGUAUUCGAUUGAUCGAUUGA